AACAAUAUGUUGUAUCAUAUUUUUUCUUUUUAAUGAAACUACACCUCAUUUGGUAUAAAAAAAAAAUAGAAAUACACAACCUCUUCAUAGUGAAUUGUUUUCUUGAACAUAAUAAUCAACCAAUACAUGGAAAUGGCUGGUGCAUUAACGGUUGAUCCCAUUCCUCUUCUUACUCCUUACAAGAUGGGAAAAUUUAAUCUAUCUCAUAGAGUUGUUUUGGCACCAUUGACUAGACAAAGAUUCUACCACAAUGCACCUCAACCCCAUACUACUUUGUAUUACUCUCAGAGGACUUCUCAAGGAGGUCUUCUUAUAGCUGAAUCUACUGGUGUCUCUGAAACCUCUCUAGGGUAUCCAAACACACCAGGCAUUUGGAGAAAAGAUCAAGUUGAAACUUGGAAACCCAUUAUAGAUGCUGUUCAUGCCAAAGAAGGUAUAUUCUUUUGUCAGAUUUGGCAUGGUGGAAGGGCUUCUAAUUCAGGUUAUCAACCAAAUGGGCAGGCACCAAUAUCUUCUACUAACAUGUCACUCAAACCACAAACUCGAAGCAAUGGCAUUGAUAUAGCUAAGUUCACACCACCAAGGCGCCUAAGGACCUGUGAAAUUCCUCGUAUCGUCAAUGACUUCAGACUUGCUGCAAGGAAUGCUAUAGCAGCUGGUUUUGAUGGAGUUGAGAUCCAUGGGGCUCACGGUUACCUACUUGAGCAAUUUAUGAAAGAUAAAGUGAAUGACCGAACUGAUAAAUACGGUGGAACCCUUGAAAACCGUUGUCGAUUCGCUUUGGAAAUUGUUGAAGCAGUUGUGAAUGAGAUAGGUGCAGAAAGAGUUGGAAUUAGAUUAUCGCCUUUCGCAGAAUAUGGAGAAUGUGGAGACUCCAAUCCUGAAGAAUUGGGGCUUUAUAUGGUUAAUGCCCUCAGUAAAUACAAUAUUCUUUACUGUCACAUGGUGGAACCAAGAAUGAAAACUAUUACUGAAAAAGUUGAAUGUCUUCACAGCUUGGUGCCAAUGAGAAAAGCCUUCAAUGGAACUUUUAUAGUUGCCGGAGGCUAUUCGCGACAAGAUGGGAUUGAUGCCAUAGUUGAAAAUAAGACAGAUCUUGUUGCUUAUGGUCGCUUGUUUAUAUCUAAUCCAGAUUUACCAAAGAGAUUCGCGCUCGAUGCUCCUCUCAACAAGUAUAACCGGGAAACAUUCUACACAUCUGAUCCGGUUCUCGGUUAUACAGACUACCCUUUUCUUGGUUAAACUAUAGUUUUGGACAUUAGUUAAGGCCUUAAAUUUAAUGAUCCAAUAUACUAUAAUACUACUUAAUCAUUGCAGCUUUAAUCCUAUUUACAAGUUUCUCAAACUCCAACUUUUAGUUUUAAAAAUAAUAUCGAUAAAUAUUCAUUA